AUGGCGGAGGCAACAAGUGUUAUGGACGAAACUCUAUAUUUUCAAGCGAAAUCUAAAAUAAAGUCAAUCUUUAAGCUACAGAAUCUCAUAGAAUGUCAGGAAAAAGCGCUCAAAUGUCUUAUUAUGGAUUUAUGGGUAGGGAUGUGUUAACGAUAUUGCCUACCGGAGCAAGGAAGUCUUUGAUCUUCCAAAGCUUCCCAAUUGUAUUUGAUGUGAUGCAUUCAUCUCAGUCUCCGAGUAUUUGCUUAGUUAUUUCUCCACUUUCCUCAUUGAUGCAAGACCAAGUGAUGUAUCUUAAUUCAGUGGGAAUAAAGGCUGCAUUUAUCGGGGAUGACCAGACGGAUGAAGAAAUUAAAUGGAAUGUAGAGACCGGGUAUUAUCAACUGGUAUAUGGCUCUCCUGAAGCGUUUUUGGCGAGCAGUCGAUGGCGAAAAAUGCUUACUGGUGAUGUAUAUCGUGAUAUAGUAUGUUUAGUUGCAGUAGACGAAGCUCAUUGCAUUCAGCACUGGUAAAGAUGCUAAUUUCAAUUGCUUACUUAAUUUUUUUUUAUACUGUGUACUGCCAACACUUAGUCAUUUAUUAAUGAUGAUAAAUGAUGAUAUUUUGUUGACAUACUUGACUUGUUACAGUAAUAUUAAUAAGGAUUUAAUAUAUUAAUGUUACAGUAAGAUUGUAUAAAAUAUUAAAGUAUAAGGGUAUCUUAUAGUAAAAGCAUUAGAUAGUCUGUGAAUGUUUGAUUUGUGAAUGUUAAUUAUUUAUUUCAUUUUUUUUGUAGGGGAUAUGCAGUCAAGAAAGGAGAACAAGCUUUUCGCAAAUGGUUUUCCAGGAUAAAUGAGAUGCGUUCACUGCUAAAGAAAAUACCAAUCCUGGCCCUCACUGCCACUGCAACCUUGGCAACAAAGAAUAAAAUAGUUCGGGCAUUGGAAAUGGACACAUGUGAGGUUAUAAAUCAAAGUCCAAAUAGAAAAAAUAUAGCAUAUUCUGUCCAGGCUGUAACUGGUGGUGCACAUCAGACAUUUGGUCCAAUUAUAAAAGAACUGAGAGAAAAAACAGUUAGUUUUGAGAGAAUCAUAAUCUAUUGUCAAACUAUUAAAAUUUGUUCACACAUAUAUGGUGUAUUCAAAGAGGAAAUGGGUGAAGAUAUGUAUGUUUCAACUGGUGAUAUCACAAGUGGAAUGGUUGAAAUGUAUCAUUCCAGGAUUGAUGAAUUGAAUCGUGAUAAUAUUGUGAAGGAUUUUUCAAUACCAAAUGGACAUAUAAGGCUUUUGAUUGCAACAAUAGCAUAUGGGAUGGGGAUCAAUUGUCAAGGGGUAAAAUCCAUUGUGCAUUAUGGUCCAUCUAGAAAUGUUGAAGCAUAUCUGCAAGAAAGUGGUAGAGCUGGUAGAGAUUCUUCUGAUAUGUGCAAAGCUGUCAUAUUGUAUUCAAAUGUUAUGUUGAAGUAUUGUGAUGAACCAAUGACAGAAUAUGCCCGAAACA